AUGGGACACUAUAAUGACCAAGUAGAUGAUGUAGCAGGGCCGUCAACCUCAUUUACGUCUAAUGUAAGAAAAUAUUAAUAGCAAAAAAUUUUGGCUUUAGCCGACGCAGGAUGAAUUACAGCAAAAGGCAGCCGAAUUACGGCAAAGAUUAUUGGAAAAGCGCAAAUUGAUCCACAAUGGAGAGAACAAAGCGCAUAAUAAAGGAGGAAUUGUUAAGGAGGAGGUCAUUGAAACAAUAUCAGAGUUUUUGGACUCAGAUCAUGCAAAAGAAAGAGCAGAGGAGCUGAGAUUGAGGCUAAUGUUGAAGCAGAAGAUGGCUAGUAAAGUAAAAAAAGCAAGUCUAUUCCGUUUUUUAUUUAAUUAAUGUUUCGGAAGAAGAUUUGGAGCCAGAAAUAAAAAGGAAAUCACUUGGAAGUAGUUUUGGUAAGUGUACUGUUACCUAAAUUUUUUUGUUUAAUUUUAGACCAUGAUGAAAGGUAUUAUGUGCAGCCUAGCCCAUCAACUGACGAUGAAGUUGAUGCGAGAACGCCUGAUAUUGGAGACAUGAGGUUUGAAGACAUGACGGAAGAACAGAAGGGUCAGGUAAGUGAAAAACCUUAUCUGAUUUUUGUUAAUUAGUUGAGUCCGGAUGAGCUCCAUUUAAAAGAACAGCAAUAUCAGCAGCGUCUAAUUGCUCGUCUUCCUCCAUUUUAUCCCGGGAUUUUUGGGUCUAGAAGUGUUAAGGAAUAUAAAUUCAUACGUCGUAUCGAGGAAGGGACAUUUGGAAUCGUUUACGAAGCCUUGGAGUUGGACAGCGAUGUCACCGUGGCUUUAAAGAGAUUGAAAUUAAAUAAUGAGAAAGAAGGAUUCCCUAUCACUUCUUUAAGGGAGAUCAAUAUGCUAAUGAAAUGUAGAUUACAUAAAAAUAUCGUUCGACUUAUCGUAAGUUUCUAUCGAAAGCAGUCUUACAUUUCGUUCUUAUUAAUGUCAAUCUCGGAAUAGAUAAUGUUACUUGUUUUAUACCUAGGAGGUGGUGACCGGCUCGACAAUGGACAAGUUUUAUUUGGUCAUGGAGUAUGUUCCCCAUGAUGUAAGAAAGCUGAUCAAGUUGAUGGUUAAGAAGAACAAACACUUUACAAUUGGUAAUUCUUGUUUUCGCAUUCUUUGACUUUAGUCUUAGCACAAACCAAGACAUUGAUGUUGCAAUUAUUAAGUGGAAUAUCAUUCAUGCAUUCGGAAUGGGUGAUUCACAGAGAUCUCAAACCCUCGAACCUUUUGUUAACUCAUGACAAUGUCCUGAAAGUAAGUGCACAUAUACAGGGUGGGGCAUCUUUGUGGCUCGAUUGAUUUGAAUUGGCUAUAACAUCAUUUCUUUAUUUUUGACAAGGAAAGUACUUCUAUGGGGUGUGGAAUUACCGGUCGAGAUAUACACUCCAUUUCAAAAUGAUAGACACGCCUAUAAAAUCUGCGAUUGCGGCGUCGACAUGCAGUUGACGGAUACGAAACCUUUACAGAUUGAAAGAGGAGGUUUGAAAACCUAUACCAAAAAAUAAUCUUUCUUAUUGCACUGAAAUUGCACUUUGCACAAAAGAUUUUCCAAAUUUUGGGUGUUUCAAAAAGAUAGACACGGUUGCUAUUUUUGCUAAAAACUUGCGAGUAUGGGCCCCAUAGGUCCUGAAAUUAUUAGUAUGACUGUAUUGCAACUGUCUGGACUUUACUGAGCUCAAAAUGCCCAAAUUUUUAUGCAAUUUUCUCGGAAUUGCACAUAUACUUCCAUUUUUUGCAAUCUGACCUGCAUCUGUCAGAAGUCCACUUUCCAUGGGUACAGACAGUGCAGAUGCGACCUAUCGUAUGUAAUGGACUAGAUCCAGUCGCUUUUCACUGGUAUGCAACAAAAAAAUGCGUGGAAAUUGCAACGAAAACUGAUUUUGCAACGAUAGUCGUCACUUUUAAAGCUUCUCAAGCGGUUGCCUGUCGUUUGCACAACCCAAAAAGCCCUGAACUAUCUUGACAAACCACAGAAAAACGUUAUUGCAUAAGCCUUAUGUCCAGGUUCCGUCGGGCCAACGCCAGAAAAGGUCAAGUUUCCAAAAGGCCGUUUUUGACCCAUUUUUAAGCCUACUUUGCAGAGAUUUGCAAAAGAAUAGUGAUCUGCGGACCCGCAGAAGCAAAGCUGCACAUGCUACUGACCUAAACGUUUUUAUAAGACCCUAAACAUUCCAGCCAUGAAGUUUUUCUUCGCACCUAGCUUGUUUCGAAACGUAGGGUAGCCUUCAAAGCUGACCAUGUCGCAGCGGAAUCAGUUUUUGUUGCAAUUUAUACGCAUUUCUUUGUUGCAUACCACUGAAAACUGACUAGAUCUAGUCCAUUACAUGCCAUAGGUCGCCUCUGCACUGUCUGUACCCAUGGAGAGUGGACUUCUGACAGAUGCAGGUCAGAUUGCAAAAAAUGGAAGUAUAUGUGCAAUUCCGAGAAAAUUGCACAAAAAUUUGGGCAUUUUGAGCUCAGUAAAUUCCAGACAGUUGCAAUACAGUCAUACUAAUAAUUUCAGGACCUAUGGGGCCCAUACUCGCAAGUUUUUAGCAAAAAUAGCAACCGUGUCUAUCAUUUUGAAACACCCAAAAUUUGGAAAAUCUUUUGUGUAAAGUGCAAUUACAGUGCAAUAAGAAAAAUGAUUUGUUGGUAUAGGUUUUCAAACCUCCUCUUUCAAUCUGUUAAGGUUUCGUAUCCGUCAACUCAACCCCGACACCGCAAUUGCAGAUUUUAUAGGCGUGUCUAUCAUUUUGAAAUGGAGUGUAUAUCAAAAAAUUCGCAAAAAUUUUCUGAUUCAGAAUAUAUAUAAAUUAGCUGCCUAAUUUUGGUCUAAUGACAUGUUUUUGUCCUCAGAAGUUUUCUCGCGACACCAUGCAUCUGUCUUUUUGACCGUGUUUUUACCAGUAAAAAAAUUUUGUUUUGUGCUAAACUAAAUUCUGAGGCCUUGACAAGCCUUAAAAUAUCAAAUUGGAUUACAACUACACUUUAAAAGUAGUUCCAAUGUAAAAAAUGGGAUCUAGUGUGGCAAAAAGGACCGAACCCGUUUCCCUCGGAUUUCCAACCCAGCGCUCUAACCACUCGGCCACACCGCUCUCUUCCGAAGGAAGAGACCGAGCGCGCUUUUGUUGCCGCAGAUUUUUUUCCUCGAGAAAAACAUUUAUUGAAAAAACUCGCUGAUAGACCAAAAUUAGGCAGCUAAUUUAUAUAUAUUCUGAAUCAGAAAAUUUUUGCGAAUUUUUUGAUAUAUAUCUCGACCGGUAAUUCCACACCCCAUAGAAGUACUUUCCUUGUGAGCCAAAUGUGAAAAAAAAAUUUCCCCUGAAUCCUCAGACUCUCCCAUUUUGAUAUCAAAUAUGUUAUUGGAAUCUAUAAAUAAGUCAUCUUCAUGGUAAUAAUCAAAACAUCUUGAAAAAUGUCGAAAAUUGGUUGUGUCUGUAACGGUGGGAGAUAGUGGUCCCGGGUUCAGAAGUCUUAGAAUUUUGAGUAGAAUAGUUUGGAACAAAAAAAACUAAAAAAUGCCACUCCAAAGGGGCGAAACCCGGAGGGCAUAGAUAUGAAAAUUUUGAAAAUCCGCAAAGGUGGGGAAAAGGUUUGGCCCCAGACAAAGUAAAAUUUUCCAUUAAGCUAGGGACAAGUCGAAAAAUUUCAAACGUUAUGGCUCAAAUUUGGUUAAAAAAUUUCGUCUUCAAACGCCCAUAACUCCUGAUAAGAUCGAAAAUUCUAAAAUUUAAUAACUUCAUAAGACUUUGAAUUUGAGCAUCUACAGCCAUACCGAAGGACAGGCCAAGUUUUUUUGUUCAACACAACAUUCCAUUUAGAGAGUUUAACAACCGAAAGCCGUGAACGAAAAUUUUGCUUUUUUGUUUGUUGUGAAUUUUUGCUGCAGUCUAAAAAAUAGCUAUAACAUGCUUGGUAUUAAACAAAAUGGGAGAGGCUGAGGAUUCAUUGAAAAAAAGAAUUUUGACAUUCGACCCAAAAAGAAAGAAGUUAGAGCCAAUUUAAAUCGGGCUACAUAGAUGCCCCACCCUGUAUUUAAUUUAUGGAUGAUAUUGUUAAGAUUGGUGAUUUUGGAUUGUGUCGAGAAUACGGAGACCCAUUGAAGCCCUACACUCCAGUUGUUGUCACAUUGUGGUAUCGAUGUCCAGAAUUGCUUUUGGGUGCCAAGGUAAGUAAGAAUCGGUAUAUCCAUUGUUUCUAUUAUAGUUAUAUAGCACCAAAGUGGACAUGUGGUCGAUUGGGUGUAUUUUCGGAGAGUUCCUCAAGUUAAAACCGAUGUUUCAAGGAAGUUCCGAGAUAGAUCAAUUGAAUAAAAUAUUUUUGGUAUGUAAAUGUCCCAUCCAGCAGCGUUAUUAUUGUGCUUUAGGACACUGGAGUGCCCAACGAGACAGUUUGGCCUGGCUAUAAAGAUCUCCCGGGGAUUCCGAGAUGCAUAUUCCCGUCUGCUCCCUUCAAUCAAUUCAGAUCCAAGUAUCUGAAAGACGUUUGCAGUGAAAAUGGGCUUGAUCUCUUGCAACGGUACUAUUAUCUAUAAUUGUAUACAUCUUUAAGAUUACUCGCUUUAUGUCCGGAACGUCGAAUCUCAGCGGAAGAAGCGUUGAAACAUAAAUUCUUCACAGAGAAGCCAGAGCCGGCUUCAUUUGAGAGCUUUCCAACAUGGCCCGAGAAUCUCGAGAAAUUCAAAAACCCUCCUGUAUUCCUAGAUCCGCCUUAAUGUUUUCUUUGUUACUCUACGGGUACAAUAAAAUAAGCCGUUGUUAUUGUUGGUAACCAGAGUUACCGUCUGUUAAAUGCAGUAUUUGUACUUUUGACAAGUUUUUUGGAAUAACAUUGUGUUUAGAUCCUGGCUCUGAGUCAGUCCUUGAAUUCAAGUCAACGGAUUUUAUGUCGUUGUCAAGGUAUUGGAUUUACACCACCAAGCCAGAAGAAGCCUUCAAAAAGGUCCUUGUUCUCUGCUCUGGGAUUUUUGUGGGAGCCAAGGCGGUCACUUUUUAUUACAAUCCCUUGGAGGUAUUUUUUUUUUAUUCUUAUGUUAUGAGUGUUCCCUUUUUUACUUUAUUCUGGAUUUUUUAGGACUUCCACCGCGAGCUGGAAGAAGGAAAGCGACUUCUCCUCAUCAAAUACCGUAAUCGCUACUUUGAAAAAGGACUCGAUAAGAUCGCUGAAGCCUCAAAAAAAGAUGAAAUCGCAACAGGGAUACCAGAGUCUGAUUGAGAACGAUUCUUUAUUCAAGCAAGCGUUUAAAAAAUACAAGAAAAGGAAUGGGAAGGUCGAUUUGGAUGAUGUUAUUGAUGUCAAGAUGACAGAUUCAAUAAAAGGAAUAGUAUGUAGACCAAUUCAGACGGAUUUAAAAUUGGAUAACGUUGGGAUUGGCUUAAGGUAAGAUUAUUUUAAAGUUUGUUGCAUUUUUGCAGGCCAAUCUCUGAAUGGUCCUUGGCUACUUUAACUCAUCGACCCGGCCUUUAUAUUUUAAACAAUAUAAUUACUGAAGAAGGACAAAUAGAGCUUGCAAAAAAAUGUCUUUUGGAAUAUUCAGAACCGCCGAAUGUCACUAAUCUGACGGUAGAUGGCUCCUACAACCAAUCAGAUGUCUUCUUGAAUAGAUCGGAAAAGUUGAGAUGGGUUACCAUGGGGAAUGAUUACAAUUGGACUGAUAAAAUUUACGCUGAUCGCCCCAGAAACAGAUUGCCCGAUGAGAUUGUCAAGUUUGCUGAUCUUGUUUCCAGAAUAUUGGGUCUGGGACCCAUGGCUCCGGAUGCUGUUAUUAUGAACUUUUACCCAUCAAAAGCAACACUGUCCCCGCAUGUGGAUAGGUAAGAUAAUCUGAGGUGAUAAGUUUUGUUUCAGGUCCGAAAGAAGCAUAGAGAAGCCAUUGAUAUCGAUAAGUCUUGGGCAGUCGGCGAUUUACCUCUCUGGUGGGGCUUCCUUGGAUGAUCCGAUUGAUCCUAUUCUCCUUCAUUCUGGUGAUGUUCUGGUCAUGCAUGGAGCCCAAAGACUAGUGUACCACGCUGUGCCAAGAAUACUGAAGUUGAGAAGAUUCUCGAAGAUGGAAGGUAUAAACGAGAGGGUUCUGGAGUACAUCAAUAAUUGUCGAUUGAAUAUAACAAUCAGGCAGGUGGAUGAGAGGACAGAAGAUAAUGGAUUAAGUGAGGGGAAACACCUAGUGUCAGUAAAACAAGGGGAUCAGGGAGAUUCACUGCUGCGGUUGGAGAAACAAAAGAUCGAAAGCGGAAGUCUGCAGAUACCGCGGAAUGCUGACAUAUCAGCAUGA